AUGAGCGAACGACUCACAGAUCGAUUGGGCGUUUUAUGUAUGGCCGAAGAUUUGGAGGCUCGUUUAAGCUCACCACACGGAUCGAGAAGGAGCUCUCGAUCACCGAGGCCUCAUGCUGAACGGCUUUCCCAUUGCUCUCAUCCAACCAUCGCCGCUUGGCCGGCGCCGCCACCAAAACCUGAUCUCGUCUCAACCCAUCAGAAACUUCAACUCUGUGGCUCUCCUCCAUCCCUUCAAUCCUCGAUCAUUCCCCCAUCAAUCGAACUUUCCUCUCCACAUCUAUUCGGCGAUCCAUCGAGUGGCCUACUUUCGAUACUGAAAGUACCCUCAGCUGCAUCGUCUCCGAUACCAGGUACUCUGCGAAUUCGUGAGAAUGAACUUCAGCGAAAGAUCCAAUCGCUUGAGGACACGGUGGCCGAGUACGAGCGCCAGAAGUACAACGUGAUGGGCACUUUCUCAGAGUACAAAGAGCGCGUCACCGAGAGGGAACGCAAAUUGGAGGCCGAGUAUUCGACGAAGAUUUUGUCGCUCAGUGAAGAGGUGCUUGGCGCGAAGAAAGACUUCGAGCAGCGGAUGAAGAGCUUUCAAGCGCUCCAGGAUAAAUUCGAACGCGAAAAAGAGUUGGCGCUGGAGAAAUUGCGGAAAGAGCACCAGAAAGAGAUUCGUUUGCUGGAGGCGCGAUUUUCUGAUGGACAACUUCUGAAUCUCGAGCAAAAAUAUAUCCUGGAGAUUCGCAGAUUGGAAGAGGAGCGGAAGAGUUUGAGGAGUGAAAAAGAACGACUCGGUGAGACAUUCGAGAUGAAACUCCGUCGAGCUCAAUCUCUCUAUGAGACAGAGUUGGCCGCGGCGAAGAUGUUGUAUGCAAAAGAAUUGGAGGCGUUGAAAGAUCACGAGUUUGCGCUGAAAGCUGAAUUGGCGGCUAGACAAGACGAGUUCAACGAUCGCCUCAACGAGUUGCAGAAUCGAAGCAGAAACGUGAAUGAUGAAUUGAGAGGAUGGAAAAAUGAGGUGACCGCACUUCAGAAGAAACUCCGCGCCAAAGAGGGACAAGUCGAUGAGAUCAAUCGAGAUUUGGCCGAAGCUAGACGAGAUUUGAGUGAGGCGCACGCGAAGCUGAACAGAUUGACGAGUGAAUGCGCUCAGGAGAAGGCUGAGGCGACGAGGAAAGCCGAUGAAUUAAAGAAUAAAUAUGAAACCCUGGUCUCUGUGGAGAGUGCCCGAAACGAGCUUCAAUCAGUGAUCGUCGAUUUGAAUACCCAAGUGAAGACACUCAAGAAUAAAGUUGAAUUCUUGGAAAAGGAACGAACAAAUCUUCAAUCACAGAGUGAAUCACAGACACACGUUCACGACUCACAAGUGCAUGCUCUGGAAGCGAUGUUGGAUACUGUGACGAAAGAGAAAGAAAGCACAAAGGAGAACUAUGAGAAGUUGUUGGCAAAAGAGAAACAACAGGCUGAAGCCCGUGAGCACGCAAUGAAGAAAGAGUUCAGCACGAAGUUGAACGAGUUAGAAGAACAGUAUAAUGCGUUGAAAGAAGAUCUUGAGCAUUCGGCCAGAGCAGAUAGAGAUGAAUUGAGAGAGGCAACAGCUCGUGAGAUGGACUCGUUGAGAGCCGAGAGAGAUCUCCUUGAGUCACAAUUUGAGGCGCUCAAAGAGCAGAUCGAUGGGGAAAACGCGGAGAAUUCGGUGGAUCCAAAGUUGCAGAAGAUUCUCGACGAUGCAUCGGCGCUUCGGGAACAAAUCGACGCGUACAGGAAGAGGAUUAUCGCAAAGGAAGCAGAGAUCGAUCAACUCAAAGAGCAUCUCCAUCAAGAAAAUCAAGUGCACGCCGACCAAUUGAUGGUGAUCAGGGAUGAGAUUAGACUCGAGCUCUUGGCCAGCAAUGAGUUUUCCGGAAAAACGACUCAAAGUCAGAUCCAGGAAAAGAUGGCCGAACUCGAGCUGCUUCACGACAAGGAUUGUGAUGACUUGCAGAAAAGAAUCGAAGAACUCGAGGCUGAGUUGGAAAGAUUACGGCAAGAAAAGGAGAAUGAAAGGAAAAUGUUGCGAGAGGAGAGUUUCGAGAAAUCGGCUCGUUUAGAGGAUUUGGAGAUUCGUGUGAAAGCGCUUCUUUCAGAGACAGCACAGUUAAAGGAUGACCUAAAAGUGAAGACCCAACAACUCGAGGAUUUCGCUGAUCGGAUCGAUGAGAGACCUCGUGACGUGAAAAACAACGAGAAGAUUAAAGAGUUGAACGAGGCGCACGAGAAAGAAAAAGAAGCACUCAUUCAGAAGAAUCGGGAACUUGAGGCUCGACUCCGAGCUUUAGAAGAAAAAGAAGAAAAAGAAGAAGCUCAGAAAAGAGAAGUGCAACAAGAAAUUCUUGAAGAAAUCUCUGAAGAAAAAGCUGCUAGCUCAACUGAUUCGGACAGUCAAACUGAUCUCCAAGAGGAUGAGAGAAAUGAUGAGGAUUUGAGAAGGGAAAACGAGUUGAGCACAAGGAUCGCUGAUUUAGAGAAAAUUUUAGAGCAAAAGAAAGAGCUCAUCAAUGAACUUCAAUCGCAAAUCUCUUCACGGAGCUCAUCGGGUGAAGGGGACAGUAGUGAGGAAAGGGAAAAGGAACGAUCCCCGGAGAUUAGCUCAAAAAACGAAGGCGGCAUUCGAGAGAAGAGUCCACCAUUCACACCGACGAGUAGACAACUCCUUUGUGUCCCUGGUGGUUCAUUUGGAUCCGAUGAGCGAACGGAAAGGAGAUCACCAUCAAGGACACCAGUUAGAGCUGUGAAAAGGGAUGAAAAGAGACCGGCUUGGAAAUUU